AUAAAAUAAUACAUAAAAAAGUUCAAUUAAUAAAUUGACGAACACUAACAACCCACACCAGUGCUGUCUGGGCCUGUUUCUAAAAACAUGUUGACUCCGUGGCUACGGCCUUGAUAUACAGGCUUCAGUUUUAUUAUCCUCAAUGGGGAAUAAAUGCACACGAAACACUCACUCACACACCCACUUGUGUUUGGAAAGCCAACACGUGACAGGUCAACAUUCAGCAUUUAUUGUCUUUGUAAUGUUUAACCUGAGACUAACAAAAUGUUGCUUUGAGAACUGUGGCACUGCAGCUUUUUUGCCAUUUGUUUACUCUUUAUAGCCUCCAUGUUUGUAUCCCUGGCAACUAUGGCUGGCAGUCCUUGGUGCAAAGAACUACUUGAGAAAAAAAUCUCCAGUUUAACUUUUUGCUUUGGCGUGCAUGUUUAUUGAAGUUGCCUACAAGGCGUGGCUUUCACAACAGUUGAGGGGAGGACAAACUACUCCAGAGCAGUAGAAAAACAAGUAUACACAAUAAACAGAGUGGAGGGGACGGUUAGGAUUCUGAGACCAUGAAGGAUUAUGAUGACUCCGUAGCUUUUCUGGGCCAGUGGGGACGUUUCCAGCAGGUUGUCUUCUUCUUACUCUCUGCCAGCAUCUUGCCCAAUGGAUACGGUGCUUUCUCUGUUGUCUUCUUGGCUGACACUCCCAGCCACCACUGCCUGGUUCCUCACGUCAACCUGACCCAAGAUUGGCUUAAUGCAAUCAUCCCGAUAGAGGUGGUGAAUGGGAAACAGCAGCUGAGCAGAUGCAGCAGGUUCAGGCUGGAUGUGGUCAGAAAUCUCUCUGCUCAGGGAUUCAUUCCUGGGAGGGACGUCAACAUCACGGACCUGGAGCAGGAGGGAUGUGUGGACGGGUGGAGCUACAGCAGAGACAUCUACCAGUCCACCAUCGUCUCUGAGUUUGACCUGGUGUGCCGAGACCAGUGGAAGCAGCCGUUCACCUCAACAAUUUAUUUCCUGGGAGUUCUUGUUGGAUCCUUCUUCUCAGGACAGCUCUCAGACAGGUUUGGAAGAAAGCCUGUUUUCUUUGCCACCAUGGCAGUUCAGACAAUUUUUACUUUUGUUCAAAUCUUUUCACCUUCAUGGAUGGUGUUUGUCAUCCUCUACUUCAUGAAUGGUUUGGGACAGAUCUCCAACUAUGUAUCUGCUUUUGUGCUGGGCAAUGAGAUCUUGACUGGACAUGUACGGGUCCUGUUCUCCUCACUGGGUGUGUGUCUGGGAUAUGCCAUUGGCUACAUGAUGCUGCCUCUUUUUGCUUACUUUUUAAGGGACUGGAAAUCUCUCCUGUUGGCUAUCUCUCUGCCUGGCCUGCUCUACAUCCCGCUCUGGUGGUUCAUCCCAGAGUCUCCUCGUUGGUUGCUCUCUCAGGGAAGAGUGGAGGAGGCUGAGACCACAUUGAGAAAGGCUGCUAAGAUGAACAAAGUCAAGGCUCCAUCGGUCAUCUUUGAAGAUUACAGCGUACAUGCUGAUGCAACAAAGACACAACCUAAGGAACAGCACAAUGUCUUCAGCCUGCUGAGGACAAAAAACAUCAGAAACUUGACGGUCAUUCUGUGCUUGGUGUGGUUCACUCUGAGUACCGGAUACUAUGGCCUGUCCCUGAACACAUCCCAACUUCAUGCUAACCCCUACAUCAGCUGCUUCCUCUCAGCAGCUGUAGAGGUACCAGCAUACACUUCCAGCUGGCUGGCACUGCGAUACGUUCCACGACGGCAGUCUGUCUUUUGUAUUUUUCUCAUUGGAGGAGUGUCGCUGUACUUCCUUCAACUGGUGCCUAAAAGUUUAUCAGAACUGUCUGUAGCUCUGGAGAUGCUGGGUAAAUUUGUCAUUACCAUCGGUACAUCCCUGAUAUAUGCCUACACAGCAGAGCUUUACCCAACACCGCUCAGGAACACAGCAACAGGGACGUGCAGUGCUGUUGCCAAAGUGGGCAGUUCCAUUGCACCAUUUUUGUUACAGCUAAUUUCUGUGCAAAAUACACAGAUGAAAUCAUGCAGGUUCACCAGAAAAUCAUCAGUUCAGACUGCAGUUGGGGCUCCGGCAGCGACCAAAUUUCAGCCUUCGACCUGCAGUCAGAGCUCUAGCAGGUGGAGGAGAGCUCUGCUCCCGGCAACAGCAGCGUCUCCAAAUCCGGCCAGGAGCAGAGCGUCACCUUGCUGCUCCACCGGUCCCCCCGGUAGCCAACAAGACCCAAGUCCUACUGCUGGGACCGCUGGAGGGAAGGGAGUCACUAGAGAACCAGAACCAGGACUAAGCGGAGCAGACUGUGUAUACUUUAAGUACCUGCCUUAUAUUGUAAUGGGGACCCUGGCUGUUGUGUCUGCCUUUGCUACUCUCCUCCUGCCAGAGAGUUUCGGACGACCUCUACCUCAAACUAUUCAACAGAUGCAUAAGAGAGAAAGCAUAAAGUGCCCAUUCAUCACAAGAAGAAAACAUUCAAAACCUCCGAUGCUUUCGAAAAUCAACUGAUUGUCGUGAGUUAACUACAUGAGUUAAUCAUAACUGUUGAGCUAUUACCUCUAGUUGCACUAGUAUUCCUACUGUUCUCAGAAACAAUCAGUACAAGUAGAUUUAAUGAAGUUACAUCACCAAGAAAUGAAAUUAAAAUAAUUAAAACUUGAGUCAAACAUUUUGGAGUAAAUCAAAUUGUGCUUGCAGUCUGUGCAUGUUAUCUCAGAUCACAAAUAUGUAAAUCAAAUAUUAAUUAUGAACUGAACUGUGUUAAAUGUGAUGUAAAAGAUGCACCAUAACACCCUAAACCUGGCUACUGGUUCUAAUUAUAUUGUUGUCAGAAUAUAAGAAAUUUUUUUUUAUGUUUAUGUGCUGUUUAUUUUAUUUUUUUAAUUGCACACUUUCAUCUUUUAUGACUGUGAACAUCAGUAUCAUGUGAAUAUGGUAACAAUUGCAUCGUUGCAGAGCAUAUUUAGUGCAGACAAUUGUUGUACUUUUCAUUUGACAGUAUUUUGAUGAAAUCAUUACUCCAGUUUCGUAGAGAUAUUUUAAGACACACAUUAUAUUGCUUCUAAAACUGUCAUGUUCCUUGGUCCUGUUGCAGCCGCGUACAAAUCCAGAAAACAAUAAUCCUCUUCAGUUAUUUCUGACGAGUGUAUAUUUACCAAAAACAUGGACAGAGACGUGAAGGUUGUCCAGUUAUUCAUCUCAAGCCGGAUAUCGGUGUGGCUCCUUCUUCAGAGGACAACUGAAGACUUCUUGUCAGCAGCGUUUUCCUUUUCUUCGCUGUGUGUGAGUGUAUACAGUGUCUUCUGACAACAUCUAGAGUAAAAAAACAGUUACAGUAAUGAUUAAGAGACUCAUGACAGGAAGUGAAUUAUUUGAAAUAAUACAUCAGAUUCCGUGUCUACAUUUAAAUAUCUAUUAAAGUGGCAGUGUACAUAUUUAUUGAAUUAAUGAACCAAUGCUCAGCUUUCACUACAAACCUCACAGUUUUGCUCAGAUUGUCCUGAGUCACUGUGGCUGUUUUCUGAAAUGGUAUGUUUAAAUAUGCUUAUGAGGCAUUAUCUAAUGAUCACUUUUGGUAAAUUUAGGGAGAAAUCUGCAGAUGCAAAUAGACAAAGUAGUAAAAUAAACACCAAAAUGUUUAUUUGAGAUGCUUUCUUUCCACUAGGCUGAUAGUAAACAUGUUAUUGAAGCUAAAUAGCACAAAAUCUCACAACUGAUCAGCGAAUGAAAAGUCCUCCUUACUAAAACCAAAGUGGGAAAAAAGCAGUUUGUUCAGUUGUGUUUCUUAUAGUGUGUUUGGCUUUAACUGGUUACACUUUGUGUCACUUAUGGAGCAACAUUUCAUCUUUUUAAGGCCAGUUGAACUGGACUGUAAAACGGUCGGAGGGAGAAAUGUUUUUGUGCUUGCAUGUGAACAUACAGUUAAUCAUAUUGAAUCUCGCAAUUCUGCAACAAAUUAACCAGAUUCGGGUAUGAGAGUAUUUUGUAAAAAGAAAUUAAAAAGAAGGUCUUAGUA